GCUUGCGCAGUGAGAGGAGGUUCCGCAUGCGCCGUGGGGCUGGGCGAAGCGCACGCCGUGGAGGGUCGGCGUCCGGUGCGGGUGUACCCAGUCGGGCGGCUGCGACUUUAAAGAGCACGGCGUGGGACCCCAGCGCGGGAUUCUCAGAGACACCUCAGAAUGCCGGGUCUAAGUUGUAGAUUUUAUCAACACAAAUUUCCUGAAGUGGAAGAUGUAGUGAUGGUGAAUGUCAGGUCCAUUGCUGAAAUGGGGGCUUAUGUCAGCUUGUUGGAAUAUAACAACAUUGAAGGCAUGAUUCUACUUAGUGAGUUGUCCAGAAGACGUAUCCGUUCUAUAAACAAACUCAUCCGAAUUGGCAGAAAUGAGUGUGUAGUUGUCAUUAGAGUGGACAAAGAAAAAGGUUAUAUUGAUUUGUCAAAAAGAAGAGUUUCUCCAGAGGAAGCAAUCAAAUGUGAAGACAAAUUCACAAAAUCCAAAACUGUUUAUAGCAUUCUUCGUCAUGUUGCUGAGGUGUUGGAAUACACCAAGGAUGAGCAGCUUGAAAGUCUGUUCCAGAGGACUGCCUGGGUGUUUGAUGACAAGUACAAGAGACCUGGAUACGGUGCCUAUGAUGCAUUUAAGCAUGCCGUCUCAGACCCAUCUAUUUUGGAUAGCCUAGAUUUAAAUGAAGAUGAACGUGAAGUACUAAUUAACAAUAUUAAUAGGCGUUUGACCCCACAAGCUGUCAAAAUUCGAGCAGAUAUUGAAGUGGCUUGCUAUGGUUAUGAAGGCAUUGAUGCUGUAAAAGAAGCCCUGAGAGCAGGGUUGAAUUGUUCUACGGAAACCAUGCCCAUCAAGAUUAAUCUAAUAGCACCUCCUCGGUAUGUGAUGACAACGACAACCCUGGAGAGAACAGAAGGCCUCUCUGUCCUCAAUCAAGCUAUGGCUGUCAUCAAAGAAAAGAUUGAGGAGAAGAGGGGUGUGUUCAAAAUUCAAAUGGAGCCCAAAGUGGUCACAGAUACAGAUGAAACUGAACUUGCAAGACAGCUGGAAAGGCUUGAGAGAGAAAAUGCAGAAGUGGAUGGAGACGACGAUGCUGAAGAAAUGGAAGCCAAAGCGGAGGAUUAACUUGUGGGCAGCAGUCCAGUUCAAGGAGCAGGAAGCAGUCUUGCUGACCGGAAACCCUAGACUUAAAAAGUUUUCCAGUAUUGAAAACUUCAAAGCUCAAUAUUUUUUAUUUCCGAAUAUUUAAGUAUUCAACAGACUAGACCAUGAAAGGCCCUCCUAGAUGUCAGCCAUUUUCACAUAGGAGCUCAAACACAUCAAGCAUUUUUAAGGGAGUGGCUUGAUUUGACCAAAAACAAAUUUUUAAGAACAAGUCUAAAAUUGGGCUGAUGAUUUCCGUUUCUGAUGUCUCCAGAUUGGCUCCCUUUGUGUAGUUCAGGACCUCCAUGAAAUUUGCCAGGAGCACCCAAAACAAUUCCAAUCUUUCUAUUAAAAAGUGUAUCAAGCAAACAUCAAAUAAAUUUCUGGGAUAUUUAACUA